UGAGCUUGCGUAACACGCAGCGUGUCUAGAUAUAUAGGACUGCAGCCGUCAUGGUGAAACCAGCAGCAGUCAUCGCCGGAGGAAGGAUGAGUUUCCUACCGGACUUCUCCACCGGGACCUGGACCCUAAUAGCAAUCAUCAUCGCACUGAUUGCCGUGUAUGAAUAUGCUCCUUACGGCUUUUUCAAGAAGCUUGGCAUCCAAGGACCCACGCCUGUACCUUUCUUUGGGACAUUUCUGGGAAAUUUAAAGGGCCCUCACGAGUUUGAUACACAGUGCUAUCAAAAAUACGGGAAGGUGUGGGGUCAGUACGAUGGCAGGCAGCCUGUGUUAACUGUGAUGGACACAGCCAUGAUCAAAACGAUCUUGGUGAAAGAGUUUCAUAAUGUCUUCACCAACAGACUGGACCUGGGCCUAAAUGGACCUUUAUACGAUUCCAUAUUUGUAGUAGAAGAUGAAGAAUGGAAGAGGAUCCGCAACGCACUGUCUCCAUCGUUCACAAGCGGCCGACUGAAAGAGAUGUACUCAAUAAUGUUGCAGCACUCAAAUAACUUAACCAAGAGUCUUGAGAAGAAAGUGAAGGCAGAUGAAGUAAUAGAUGCUAAAGCACUCUUUGGACCGUACAGCAUGGACAUCGUCACCAGCACAUCCUUUAGCGUGGACAUUGAUUCAAUCAACCAUCCCGCCGACCCGUUCGUAGAAAACAUUAAGAAAAUGGUCAAGUUCAACUUAUUCAACCCUUUGAUUCUGUUAGUGGUUCUGUUUCCAUUCAUGAGGACAGUUCUAGACAAGACAAACGUUUCUUUUUUUCCGGGUGAUGUGCUGAAUUUUUUUCUGAACUUCCUCAAAAAAGUCAAAUCGGACCGGAGCAAGAAUGACCACAAGAACCGAGUGGACUUCAUGCAACUAAUGGUGGAUUCCCAGAUUUCAGAGAAGAACAAAAAUGAUGCGAGCUCCCAAAAAGGACUGACUGAUCACGAGAUUCUUUCUCAGGCCAUGUUAUUUAUCUUUGCUGGCUUUGAAACCACCAGCAGCUCGCUGAGCUACCUGGCCUACAACCUGGCAACCCACCCAGACGUCCAAGAGACUCUGCAGAAAGAGAUUGAUGCCACCAUCCCAGGAAAGGGCCGACCAAGCUAUGAAGCGCUGAUGCAGAUGGAAUACCUGGACAUGGUGGUGAACGAGUCACUGAGGCUGUAUCCUGUUGCUAAUCGAUUACAGAGGGUGGCAAAGACGUCUGUUGAGGUCAACGGCGUCUCCAUCCCCAAAGGGACUGUUAUCAUGAUCCCAGUUUACACUCUCCACCGUGACCCUACUUUGUGGUCUGACGCUGACUACUUCAAACCCGAAAGGUUCAGCAAAGAGAACAAAGACAACAUAGACCCUUAUGCCUACAUGCCCUUCGGAGCAGGCCCCAGGAACUGCAUUGGCAUGAGAUUUGCUCUCCUGAUGAUGAAGCUGGCCAUCGUGGAAAUCCUCCAGAAAUUCACGAUUGUCACAUGCAAGGAGACGGAGAUCCCUUUGACUCUGGGAAAUGAUGCAUUUCUUUCACCAAAAAACCCGAUCAAAGUGAAGCUACAACCCCGUGAAUAAAUCUGACCUGUAGCCUGCCGUUAGAAUUUUCAGCCACUUCACAAUCAACUCACGCAUAUUAGUGAUUCAGGAUGUGAUUCUUCACCUCAGAGACUGGACACCUUGGUUUGUACGGAAAAGACAGUUGUCAGAAUAAAGGCCCCAUCAGAGUCCAGGCCCCAUUGUGAAGAUUUGAUGCAGAAUAACUUUAAUAGAGAUACUUUCUGUACAAUAGACAUCCUAAGAAUGUGGUGAAUGAGGUGAAGCAGUGAAAGCUGAUCUCCACCAUUUACUGUGUUUAUUUUAGGAAAAACAAAAAAUCUCAUAAACUAACAAAUUAUGAAACUUGUAAAUAUACAUUCAUAUACUGUAAGAACUUUAAAACCACCACUUCUUGUAGCUCUAAAUUUUUGGUUGUGUCUCUACUGUAUAUAUUUUAAACAAAUGUUGUGUCAUUUUAUUCAUCAAUGUUAUAAUGAAAUAAAUCUUUACAUUAAAA